CACAUACAACAGUUCAUGUGCCGCAUAUAUCGCUGUCUGGCUGCUCCACAAGCUACUGCAGCAUGACGAAACCCCUCGGGUUCGAGUUCUGGAGGUGCACUCUGAAGGGCGCGCGCUUCGUGGUCGCGCCCAUGGUGGACCAGAGCGAGCUGGCGUGGAGGCUGCUGAGCCGCAGACAUGGCGCUGAGCUCUGCUACACACCCAUGCUACACGCCCAGGUCUUCGUCCGAGAUGCCAACUACCGCCGGGAAAACCUCUACAGCGAGGUCAGCCAGGAGGACCGACCCCUCAUCACACAGUUCUGUGCCAAUGAUCCUGAGGUGUUUAUCCAAGCAGCUCUGCUCGCCCAGGAUUACUGUGAUGCUAUCGAUCUGAAUUUGGGUUGCCCGCAGAUGAUUGCUAAAAGAGGCCAUUAUGGAGUCUUUCUUCAAGACGAGUGGGACCUCCUUGAGAAGAUGAUUAAACUGGCCAAUGAAAAGCUCUCCGUGCCCAUUACGUGCAAAAUCCGGGUCUUCCCAGAGAUUGAGAAAACAGUGAAGUACGCCAAAAUGCUGGAAAAGGCUGGAUGCCAGCUUCUCACAGUUCAUGGCAGAACCAAAGAUCAAAAGGGGGCUAUGACUGGCAUUGCCAGCUGGAAGCACAUCAAAGCUGUAAGGGAGGGGGUAAACAUACCUGUGUUCGCCAAUGGAAACAUCCAGCACCUGAGUGAUAUUCACCACUGCAUGGAGGAGACUGGAGUACAAGGUGUAAUGAGUGCAGAGGGGAAUCUCCACAAUCCUGCACUGUUUGAAGGGCGCAGUCCUCCUGUGUGGGAAAUGGCUGAGGAGUACCUGGAUAUCGUGGAGAAACACUCGCCCUGCAGUCUGUCUUUUGUCCGAGCUCACAUCUUCAAGCUGUGGCACCACACUCUCCAGAUACAUCAAGAUCUGAGAGAAGAGUUGGCCAAAGCAAAAAAUGUAGAUGGCAUUGCGGAGGUCAACAGACAGCUGAAACAACGUUGCCAGGAGGAGAUGGCAAAGGAUAAAUCUGAAUGGACUCAGACUGGACUUCCCUUCCCACACUGGAUUUGUCAGCCCUACGUCAGACCACCACCCAAGGAUCCAAACACUGAAAAUGGUCAGAAAGCACCAGAAACAAAGGCUGUAAGUGUGAAGAGGGCGCUGGAGGACAGUGACGGCCCCAAUGAUGCCAUCUCUAAGAACAAGCAGAAGAAGAAGGCCCGCAACCCACACAAAAACUUCUGUCCUGAGCUGAAGCCAAAAUACAUAAAGUGUGAGCAAUGUGGAAACCCUAAAGGAAACAAAUGUGUCUUUAACUUGUGCCGUGGCUGCUGUAAGAGGAAGUCUUUCAAGGAAGUGGCUGAUUGUCCUGGACACGGAUUGAGGUUCAAAACCAAGGCUUUAAGACAGUGCAACUCUGAUACGGGUGGAGGAGGCUUGACUAACGGAAAACCCAGCACUCAGACAGUUUCCACUGCAGUCCAUGAUCCAUUACAAGCUUGAAGCAGACUUAUGGAAUGGACAUGGGAGACGGCGACAUCAAGACAUGUUGAUUGUCCAUUAAAAAGCUGCUGCACUGAAUUGAAAGUUGAAGAACGCAGUUGAGGUCCAAACUGUAUUGAGAUGGAUUUGGCACAUCUGAAAUUGUGGAUGCACACGACACCAAAUGAAGAGAACAUGUUAUGCAGAGCGCUGGGUUUCUGUGAAGUACCAUUUUCUGGACUGCUGUGACUUCCUCAGAUUGCUUCUUAUAGUUUUGUGUAUUUUGAUUAUCACUGGGAAUGCAGUCUGUGAAGCAGACGCACUGAACGCACAAUCUUUAGCCCCCCAAAAAAGAGCUGGACUCUCUUGUGUAUUUCUCUAGACCUUUGUGGAACUACACUGAUGAACAUCUUUAUUCAAACAUUCUGGACUUCUGCAUUUUUAUUAUUUAUUGUCUUCCUAAAUGAAACAGGGUUUUGUUGCAACCAAAAUCUCAAUCUGACUUUAGGAUUUUUACAGUCUUUAUUUUUUCACACCUGUAUAAACAUUUACGAACACUGACUAUGAUUUCGUGCAGUCAUGGAUGAUCACUGUAACAAUUUCACACACUUACUGACGUUCAUUUUGAGGAUGGUUACACAACCCCAGGGGUGUCCCAACUCAGUCCUGGAGGGCCGGUGUCCUGCAAAGUUUAGUUUCAAACCCAAUCAGACACACCUGGGCUAGCCAAUCAAGCUCUUACUAAGCUUUCUAGAAACAUCCUUGCUGGUGUGUUGAGGCAAGUUGGAGCUAAAAUCUGCAGGACACCAGCCCUCCAGGACCGAGUUUGGACACCCCUACACUACACAGAUUCCUUAUCAAGUAAAUAUGGGUUUUUAUAUUCUGAUGUUUUAUCAUUUAUUGUGCCGUUUUAAAGUAUGUAUACAUUUUAGAAAGUAUGCUGGUGUAACAACUUCCGUUCAACAAUUUCCACACAUUACUUUUAAGCAUCAGGACCCAGAACUCAGUGCCUUAAUGUGUCAGUUACUUAAAACCAACACAAUGAAUCUGACUGUACCUAAAAACAUUCAGCUUUUUGCUGCAAACUGGC